CAUUGGUUCUCCACUCCCAGCCUUUUCCGGAGUAGGGAAACUGGUCGCAGGGCUGGAAGUAAGGUACCCUUCGGCUUCGAGACAGCGGCGGCACUAAGGCAGAGCGGCCUGGUGCCAGUGGAGCUGUCCGUCUUCUCCAUUCAGCCUCCAGCCCGAGGUGGAGAAAACCCCUAGAAUUCUGGCGGCCUAUGGGAGGGCGCAGAGUCGGGUCGCGAAGUAUCCAGCGCAGACAGAAAUAGCGGAGCCACUGAGGGCCACCGAAAGCCCCGCCCCUAGGAGGAGUCGGGAGGCCUCUGGGUGGAGGUAGGAACCCAAAGGGACGGCCCUUGGGGUUGAGCCCGCCGGCCAUGGCCACGCCUCCGGAGGCCGGUCCCGCAGCUCUGCGGUUCGUAGCCGCUGCCAGCUGGCAAGUCGUGCGCGGACGCUGCGUGGAGCAUUUUCCGCGAGUGUUGGAGUUUCUGCGAUCCCUGCGUGCUGCUGCUCCUGGUUUGGUUCGCUACCGGCACCAUGAACGUCUGUGUAUGGGCCUAAAGGCCAAGCUGGUGGUGGAUCUGGUCCUGCAGGGCCGGCCUUGGGCCCAGGUUCUGAAUGCCCUGCAUCACCACUUCCCGGAGUCUGGACCUGUAGUGCGGGACCCCAAAGCUACGAAGCAGGAUCUGAAGAAGAUCUCAGAGGCCCAGAAAACCUUUUGUCAGCAGGUGGAGCAGCUUGCAGAAGCCCCCAUUGAUUUGGCUUUGAAGCUACAGGAACUUGAACAAGAGUAUGGGGAACCCUUUCUGGCUGCCAUGGAAAAGCUGUUUUUUGAAUACUUGUGUCAGCUGGAAAAAGCACUGCCAACACUGCAGGCACAGCAGCUUCAGGAUGUGCUGAGUUGGAUGCAGCCUGGAGUUUCCAUCACUUCUUCUUUUGCCCUGAGCCAGUAUGGUGUGGACAUGGGGUGGCCACUUCCAGAGCGCUCUGCUCCUGAUUCAAGGAACAUGACAGGGCCCAGGGAGCAGAGUCCUCCUCAGCAACAAAGACCAGCAUGCCAGGAUCAUCUGCCAAAAGCCAGACCUAGCCUACACCUUCCUCAGGGACCAGCCUCAAGGAAGCAGCCGGAAACUGUGACUGGCCACCAGUUCAAUCUGGCCCCUCUCGGCCGGCGAAGAGUCCAGUCCCGGUGGGCAUCCACUAGCAGAGGCCGUAAGGAGCGCCCCACCGUCAUGUUGUUCCCCUUUAGGAAUCUGGGUUCACCAGCCCAGGUCCUGUCUAAGCCUGAGAACAGGGAAGAACAUGGGACACACACAGCACAUCCAGCAGGGGCUGUGGGCACAAGAGCAGCCUCCGCUGCAAAGUCUAAGAGUCCAUCCAAGACCCUGGGGGGAAGGGAGCUGAAGGAGAACCCAGUUGAUUUGUCUGCCUCGGAGCAAAAGGAGAACUGCUUGGAUUGCCCCAUAGACCCUCUGAGGUUGUCGUUAUCGCCACCUAGGGCCAGGAAGCCAGUGUGUCCUCCAUCUCUGUGCAACUCUGACAUUACCAUAGGGGACUUGGUUUUGGACUCCGAUGAGGAAGAAAAUGGCCAAAGGGAAGGAAGGGAUUCUUUGGGAAACUAUCAGAAGACAAAGUUUGACACCCUGAUCCCCACCUUCUGUGAAUACUUGCCUCCUUCUGGCCCCAAUGCCAUAUCUGUCCCUUUCUGUGACCACGUAGACAGUUCUGGGCUCCUGUGAUAGGACUGGAGCGCCCGUGGCAUUCUGCCUGUCUUCCUUCCUCCUCAGCUCUGCACGCAGUUCAGGAGGAAUCAAGUGGAAGCCCAGGCUUGGGCUGCCUGACCACACUGCUAAAAUUAUUUUGUAAUGCUUGAUAAUUAAAUCUUGGAUUUGUUAAAACACUGUCCUGGUGUGAAGGAGGGGACCAGAGGCUUCUGUAAGGUGAGUGUAGGUCAUUGCUUAGGAACAGAACCGGCCUCUCCAGGGCUGGAAGAAUCUUUUUGCCAUUUCCUUCCUUUCGAAAGUGUCGUUCUGACAUGCCCAAAAGGGUUACCAGGACUGAGAGUCUGGAAGAGAAAUUUCCUUUUGCUAUUCUGAAAAUAUGACGUGUGUCCUGAUGCCAGAAUACACUUUGGGAAUUCUCAUGCUGCCAGGGUACCUGGAGGUGGUGGCACAGGAUGGAGAUAUUUCAUGGGGAAAGUCCUCACUGUCCUUGACUCCACUGGGUCAAUGCCAACUCCUCCACUUGCCAUGGAGCAGCAGCCAGAUGCAAGCCUUGAGCAAAAAACUCCAGAAUCUCUUUAUAGUCAUUGGGAUCUCGCUUUAUUGAGGUAUUUUAAAUAUGUAAACACUUCUGAGCUUGGUAGCUAUUCAAAGAUCCUGUUUAAUAAAAUCUGAUUAACAAAACAUGAUUCCAAAAGCCUACCUCUUUCAGACCAGGGCCAAACAACAAUUACGUAUGAAUUAGCAUCUUUUCCUUUUAAUAAUCUUCAGGAUGCUGGGUCCCCAGAUUCCCAUUUGAUUACCUUACUUCAUUUUUCCCAGCCUGCCUUCCUUGCUUCCUCCCCAGGGAGUGCCCUGGGCAUUUUGCGUGUGCAGACAGAAUUACAGAAUUAUUGCCGGAGCCCUCGGGAGAGAGAGGAUAUGAAGUGACUGAGUAAUAGCCAUAGAAGCCGGGAUGGGGCAGGGGCCCACUUGGCAGCCCUGUGGUGGGGUGCUGGCGCCCUGGGAGGGCAGAACUGCUGGGGUCUAGCUCUCGUCACUGAAGAUCGGAUUCACCUGCUGGGUGACACGGAUGAAGGUAGUUCUCCGGCUCAGCUCCUUCAGCUUAGCUGCUCCCACGUAGGUACAUGUGGAGCGGAUGCCUCCAAGAAUGUCUCGAAUGGUAUGUUCCACCUCCCCUUUAAAGGGCACCUCCACUGUCUUUCCCUCUGAGGCCCUUUGAGGAGGAAAAGCUUUCUUACCUUUCCCUUCUGGAUUCCUUAAGCCCAAUGACUCUUCCCCAGUCUCUAGCAUUUAGCCCAGUUCACUACUUUUCUUCUGAGACCUGUACCAUCCAUCUUUCAGCAGCCAUGACUUCUGUCCCCACCCUACUUGGAAAGUCACGCUUUCCAGGAACCCUCAGCUUCUGGCCUCCACACCUACCUGUACUCAGCCACGCCCCCAGCAUACUUCUUCAUGGCCAUUUCAGAACUCAUUCCAUAGAAGAGCUUGUACUUCUUGCCAUCUCUCUCGAUGAGCUCGCCACCUGACUCAGUGUGCCCAGCCAGCAUGCCACCCAGCAUCACGAAGUCAGCCCCUGCCCCUGCCGGCACCAACCAGAGGGGAGAGAGAUGAACCUGGCUCCUGUGCCCACAUGCUCACCCUGCAAAGCAGCUUACACCAAAUUCUCAGGCAUGAUGAUUCCUGCACCUUCCUGUUUCCCUAGCUGACCCACAACCCAGUGUACAGGCCCGCUCUGCCCAAGCCUCUAUUCCUCAAUGGGCCUGACUUUUCCAAGAAUUUAGAAAGAGCCUCUGGAGAUGCCCUGCCUGGCUUCUGCUCUCCUUUUUGCUGCUUUCACCAUUGUUUUGUCACCUCUUUUUGUACCGUGCCCAGAGGCUCACUUCAAGUGUCCCAAGAGCAAAGAUCUCCAGCUUUAGUGUGAGCAAAGAUCACCUAGGAAGCUGUGGAAGUGCAGAUGUGCAGCCCCCUCCCGGAGCCAGUUUCUGUGGGCCUAGGUGGGGCUCAGGCAUCUGCAUCACCCAGCAGUAUAAGGACGGUGUGGAUGGUCCUGGCCCACACUUGGAGAGUCUGUAUCAGAGUCUUGGGAUUUCCCUGCGCUUGCCCCAGGUGACACCACAGGCUUCUGAGUCACUAGUCAUAAAAGAAUCUGAACAGCUUUCUUGGCCUUUCCUAGCCUGAUCCCAGACCCUCAGAGGUGACUUGUCCUCUUCUACAGGAUCCUCCUUCCAUGCCCUCCCGACGUCCUUACCGAAAGCCUUGGCCACAUCCCCGGGACAGCUGCAGCCUCCAUCCUGCAAAGUAAGGAGCACUAUGAAGAGAGAGCGUGGAUUUCCCAAGCUCUCUAAACAAUGUCCCAGUGGCCCACCUCAAAGCUGACAGGAACCCAGGAAUCCUGAUUCACCUCUACCAGAGCCUCUGGACCUGGCAGAAAACCCAGCUGUUUGGCAGCCUCAUACCCUGCACCCUGCCGUGGGGCCUUACAGAAAUGAUAUGGCCUUUGAGGCCGUGAGCAGCAUCUGCACACUCCAUCACUGCACUCAGCUGUGGAUACCCCACUCCAGUCUUCUUCCGGGUGGUACACACAGAGCCUGAGAAGAACAUGACAAGGAUGAGAAGGACGUUCUCCACAGGUGUUUGCCACUGAAGGGGGUAGCCAGUGGUCCCCAAUGAACCAGCUUACCUGGUCCAAUCCCCACCUUGAUGAUGUCAGCCCCGGAGAGGAUCAACUCUUCCACCAUCUCUCCUGUUACCACGUUUCCCGCCUGGGACAGCACCAUCAAAACAGUGUUCUUAGGGUCAUAAACAGAGGAGGUGGUGUGCUUCCAACAUUAUUACAAAGAAAGGUACCUGGCUUCCCUCUCCUGGGCCCUCUGAGGGCUUUUAGACAACCCACUUCAAAGGACUCUGCUUCCCAAGCUGAGGUAAGGGGGUGAGUGGCCAGUGUCACUGUCGUACUAGGGUAAAUCUGGGGUUCAGCUGGACUGAGCUCACAUCUGAUUUACAGUAGAUUUCUCUCCCCGUCCCUGCCAGAAGACCCAGACACAUCCUGUGCUUAAACUGUUAUGUCAUGAAACCUCUGGCUUCAGGGAAAGGGGAAAGACAUGGUAAUGAAGGCUGAAUGAAUACCAUCUACACAGUUAUAUUUGCUGUUGAUGGGCAGAACAGAGACCCCCUAAAUGCUGUGAAGAGAAUGAGGCCUUGGCAUCACUCCCCUAAGCUUGUAAAAGCAAAUAAAUAAAUAAAUAAACAAACAAACAAACAAACAAA